AUGUCGAGCGAAGCCGGCUUCAUGAUGUCGGACGCUCCGUCCAUGGCGCCGCACCGGCGCAACCUGGGCUUCCCCUCUUCCUCGUCUGCGCGUCCUCGCGGGCCGCCCUCGGAGAACCUCGGCGCUCCCAGCGAAGAUGGCACCGACGGCUUCGCCGACGACCAGAUGCCUGGCAGAACCCGCGCCAACGGCCAAGCCCACGUCCCCCGCGUGCAGGAUCGCAUCGGUGUCCUUGUCCAGGAGCACUUUGCCGCUUUUGUUGAAAGCUUCGCCGAAGAGCCCAUUUCUUCAGGCGCCCCCGCGUCCAGCGCCGUCACCACCGACAAAUUCUACAUUGCUCAAAUAAGAGCUCUGCGCACAUACUCGCUGUCGACAUUCUACGUCGACUUCAAGCACCUGGCGUCCUGGGAGAAUGGCAGUUUGGCCGACGGCGUCAUGCGCCAGUACUACCGAUUCCUGCCGUUCAUCACAGCUGCCCUCAAUGAGCUCAUCGCCAAGUACGAGCCUCAGUACUACCGCGACCACAGACAGCCCACGUCCAUGUCGAGCGCCGUGUCCACCUCGGCCGCCAGCCAGAUGGGCUCUGGCAGCCAGUCCGACUCCACACACCGCAUGAACGAGCACCAGCAGACGGACAAGCUCUUCUCCGUUGCCUUUUACAACCUGCCGCUCGUCUCGCGCGUCCGCAGCCUGCGCGCCGCCAACAUUGGCCAGCUGCUCUCCAUCUCCGGCACCGUCACCAGGACCUCCGAGGUGCGGCCGGAGCUUUCCCUCGCCACCUUUGUCUGCGAGGCCUGCCGCGCCAUGGUGCAGAACGUCGAGCAGACGUUCCGCUACACCGAACCUACACAGUGCCCCAACACCAACUGCCAAAAUCGCCUGGCCUGGCAGCUGGAUAUCCGCCGCAGCACCUUUGUCGACUGGCAAAAGGUGCGCAUCCAGGAAAACAGCUCCGAGAUCCCCACGGGCUCCAUGCCCCGUACUAUGGACGUUAUUCUCCGUGGUGAGAUUGUCGACCGCGCCAAGGCUGGUGAAAAGUGCAUCUUUACCGGCGCCCUGAUCGUCGUCCCCGACGUCAGCCAGCUGGGUCUCCCUGGCCUGAAGCCUAGCGCAAUUCGCGACGACCGCGGUGCGCCACGCGGUAGUGAGGCUGGUGGUGCUGGCAUCAGCGGUCUCAAGGCCCUUGGUGUCCGCGAUCUUACCUACCGGUUGGCUUUCCUCGCCUGCAUGGUGAGCCCCGAUACGGCUGGUCGAUCUGCCGCUGCUGGUGCCGCGGACGCCAUUGCUUCCAUGACCCAGAACAUCGACCCCGACGAUAAGCAAAGUGUCGAGCAGGCGCAGGCUACCAUCCUAUCUUCCAUGAACCACACCGAAAUCGAAGACCUCCGAGCCAUGGUGCACGGCGACCACAUCUACUCCCGUCUAGUCCAAUCCAUCGCGCCAAUGGUGUAUGGUCAUGAAGUCGUCAAGAAGGGUCUCCUGCUGCAGCUCAUGUCUGGUGUCAGCAAAACCACCCCCGAGGGCAUGCAGCUGCGCGGUGACAUCAACAUUUGUGUCGUCGGUGACCCGUCCACCUCCAAGUCCCAGUUCCUCAAAUACAUCUGCUCCUUUGCCCCGCGCGCCGUCUACACCUCUGGCAAGGCCUCGUCCGCCGCUGGUCUGACGGCGGCCGUGAUCAAGGACGAAGAGACGGGUGAGUUCACCAUUGAGGCCGGUGCGCUGAUGCUGGCCGACAAUGGCAUCUGCGCCAUUGACGAGUUUGACAAGAUGGACAUUGCCGACCAGGUCGCCAUCCACGAGGCCAUGGAGCAGCAGACCAUUUCCAUUGCCAAGGCCGGCAUCCAGGCGACGCUCAACGCGCGCACCAGCAUCCUCGCGGCCGCCAACCCCGUCGGCGGGCGCUACGACCGCAAGGCCACGCUGCGCUCCAACAUCAACAUGUCGGCACCCAUCAUGUCGCGCUUCGACCUCUUCUUCGUCGUCCUCGACGAGUGCAACGAGCAGGUCGACCGCCACCUUGCCAACCACAUUGUCGGCAUCCACCAGCACCGCGACGAGGCCGUCGAGCCCGAGUUCAGCACCGAGCAGCUGCAGCGCUACAUUCGCUUCGCGCGCACGUUCCGCCCCGAGUUCACCGACGAGUCCAAGGAGGUGCUCGUCGAAAAGUACCGCGAGCUGCGCGCCGACGACGCCCAGGGCGGCAUUGGCAAGAACUCAUACCGCAUCACCGUCCGCCAGCUCGAGUCGCUGAUUCGCCUCUCCGAGGCCAUUGCCAAGGUCAACUGCGUCGAGACCAUCAGCAAGGACAUGGUCGUCGAGGCCUACAACCUGCUCCGCCAGAGCAUCAUCUCGGUCGAGCACGACGACGUCGAGAUGGACGGCGUCGAGGAUGACGACGAGCAGCAGCAGCAGCAGCCCGAGAGCGGCGACGCCCUCCGCCGCGCGGCGGCUGCCGCCUCUGGCAUGGACAUCGAAAACGACGACGCCGACGACGCCAUGGACGACGGCAACGCCGCAGCGGCGGACGGCUCCGCCGCUCCAUCCUCAGGCCGCCCCAAGCGCAAGAUUACGUACGAAAAGUACAUCAAAAUGGUCAACCUCUUUGUGCACCGCGUCAACUCGGACGAGAGCGGCAGCGGCGACGGCGUCCAGGGCGCCGCCCUCAUCGCCUGGUACCUCGAGCAGAUGGAGGCCGAGCUCGCCGGCGAGGACGACUACCACGCCGAAAAGGCGCUCGCCACCAUGGUCCUCAAGAAGAUGGUCCGCGAGAACAUACUCAUGGCGCUCCGCGGCGAGGGGCUCGCCGCGGCCGACUCGGCGGCCACGUCGUCGGCCGUCGACGAGAACAUUGUCUACGUGCUGCACCCCAACUGCGCCGUGGAGGAUCUGUAA